AUGGCCGCCGCAGAUCUGGGAGCCGCGGAGUGGGAGAGGUCCAAGAUCACGAACCAGGACCUCAAUCUCCUGAAGAAGUUGGGGAUUACCAAGAAACCCAAAGCGCCUAUGAUCAAAGAGCUUCUUCGCAUCGGUGCCCAGUUCGUUGGGUAUCGUGAUUACGCCAACAAGACUGAAGAGAAACUGGCAGAAGCCAACGAACGUGCUGACACGCUUGCUCAAAAGUUAGAGCAGUGUGAAGAGGCUCGUAAGAAGGCCGAGUCAGAUGCAGUUGAAGCUAGGCAAGAAGCUGACAAGGCUAAGGCUGAUGCUGCUGGUGUCGAAGAUCUUCGGAAACGUCUGCAUGACGCCGAGACUGCACUAAGCGAUCACAUAACUGCGCAAUCUGCUCGCGAAGCGGCGAUCACCAAACGCAUAAAGACACAAAGUCGUCGCUUUGUCGAUAGGACCUCUCAAGAAUUUGAACUUGAGGAUCCCGACAACGAUGUUCUUCUUGAAGCCGUUUCAUUCCUUGAGUUUCAUGGGACGGAAGCGCGUGAAGGCAUGGAUGAAGCCAGGGCGGGGUUGUCAAAACUUUUCCCCUACUUCUUCCCGAAGAAAGAGGAGCCCGCAACUUUCCUUGGUCUUGCCAAGUGCUUUAAUCCUCCCGAAGAUCUUGGGCUGAAGAUGCGCCAUGAAAACAUGAAGGUUGCCGUGGAAAGCACUGUUGCCCUAGUUGCUGACAGUCAACAAACUAUUGACUGGGCCAAAGUUGGCGACACGGAGCAAAUAGAACAAGCAAAGUGGCGAUCCUUGAUCAAGGCGGCAAAGCUUAACACGAAGAAGAUCCUGGCCUAUCUCGGGAUCAAGCCAUCUUCGACUCCUAGCUCUUCAAGGCCGGAGGUCUAGUUUUUGCUUUCUUUAUUUCCUUUGCUAUUGUCGCCAUUCUAGUCUUGGCGACAAUUUCCCUGCCAGUCCCUUAGGAGAACUUCUUUUGUAAUGGCCAUGUAAAUUUUAUAGAAUCAAUGAAAUUCCUUUUGGUGCUAUCAUUGAUUCGGGGAUUUUCUUUUCCAGUUGAUAUUUGAUAAUUAUUCAACGAAUCCUUCUUCUCCCGAUGCUGCUCCCGCGUCUUCCUUGUCGAAGAAAGUAAAAACCGAUGACAAUUGCCUUGAAGGUUCUUCCAGCACACCUUUGUCGGAAGAUUUACAAGAACUUCGACAACAACUUCAGUCCACGAAGAAACAAACUCUGGCAAUGAUGGAACAGUCUCGGAGAGCAUCUGAACAAGAACAACUUGCUCGUCGACAAGCCGAAGAAACUAUGGCUGCUAAGGAUGCUGCUAUAUUGGAAGCAAAAGGAGCUAGUGCCCGAGAAAAUAGCAUGCUCGAGCUGAUGUUGG